CUACAACCGACCUUCCACAACCACUAAAAAACAUCGUCGGUACUGCAUUCAAUCGAUGCAUCGAAGUGUCCUUUUUUGAAGAUCUAAGCGAUCUCAGCGACUUUGGCGAUAUCAGCGAUGCGCCCGAUGAAAAUGCGCCGCCGCCACCACCACUCUCGAACCCACCAGCCGGCCAUAAGCUCUUCAACACCAAAUAUGACAGCCUCGAUGAUCUUAUCGAGGAUUUGAACGACUGGGCUGCUUCUGCCCUCUUCAACACAGUCAAACUACGACCCUCUAAUUACGUCAAGAACUCCGGUCUCAGAGUGGGAGGGCGUUACUCUUAACGAUGACGACCACGAUGUUGACGACGAGGUUGAAGACGACGACGACGACGACCUUAGCCAGGCGCCUGCGGAGCCUCCUCGCCGUACUAUCAAUAACUUGGACCCGGCUCGCCGUAGUAACCGGGGCUCAGGGAGCCAGGGUGGCCGUGGCACAGGGAGUCGGGCUGGCAGGGCAACAAGCAGUAUUCAACACCAAGGCACGCAGGGUAUUAGCCGGGGGGGCACAAAUCACGAGCUUCACAUGGCCCUACAGCCUCUGCAGUGGCUGAAGGUGGUGUUGUACGGCCUGCACGAAGUGGAAGGGUUCCGCGACUGACUGCCCGGGCUUGGAAGGCAUAGAUCAGUAAGGCUGUCAGUUGCAUGCAGUUGUGAGUAGUGUAAGCGGCCUGUAGUUUUUUAUUGCAUUUUUGGCCCUGUUACGUAAGCGAAUUCAAAGAAGUC